AUGAGGGAGUACACGCUGAAAACCGUCAUCCCAACUGAGUCUGAGGCAAAAGGAAUCUAUUACAACGGAGAUCUUUACUUUGCAUCGAGCAACCACCUAUUCAAGGUCAGAGAAGGUAGGCACAAAAGGAUCUGCGGCUCAAAUGAAACAAUUCUUGGAUUUUCAAUCUGCAAAAGACUGUUUACUAUUACUAAGGACAGAAUGUACAUGAACAAUCAGGACAGAAUUAUAGGCUCGCUCAAGAAGUCGUUUUCUUGCAUAGAGGCGAAUGAGCAUUUUAUUGCAGCUGGAUGCUCAAGAGUGCUUGAGAUCUGGCAUGUUCCCAAAGAAAUUAAGUUUACGCUAUUCAGUCUGCAUUCUAGGCAUUUUGGGCACUUCUUGGACAUCACGUGCGUUAGAUUUCUUGACAGCAAUUUAGUGCUGACGGCAAGCAAGGACUGUACAGUAAGGCUCAUUAAUAUUCUCAAAAACAAAUCCACACGUGUGUGCAACACGAUUGGGAUACCGGUUGGUAUUCAUGUUAUUGACGACGACAAGAAGGAAAUAGCUGUUGUGUGUGAAGGGGGAGCGAUAUUAUACUAUGCACUAGAUGGAUACAAGAUGCAAUUUAAGGAUAGAGUAUAUAUUAACUCGAAAAUACUGGCAUCAAGCUGCUACUCCGGAUUUAUAGCUGUUUCCUUAGACUCAGGCAAGGAGGGUAAUCUGCUUGUGUACAAGGGAGUGGAGGUUGUCCACCAUGCAACGGUUUGCCACAAGAUAUCAGGCAUUUCUCUGUUUGGGGCUUGCAUUGCAAUAAGGGGGCCGAAGUUUGUUGCUAUAUAUGACCUGGCAGUCAAUGUCUUUCUGUUUGAGUUGGAUCUUCCGAAGAUAAUAUCAAUGGAUGUAAAGAGAAACAUUAUUGCUACUGGAUGUUGCGACAAAAAAGUCAGACUGUAUGAUGAGCAACGAUGCAUGAAUACACUUGGGGAUCCAAACAUGACGCAUAGUGUCUUUAGUGUGCACAUUCUGAAUAACUCUGUGCUGUGUGUAUGUGUAGAUGGGAGAGUGUCUGUCUGGGAUGUAAAGAAUGGCACGUGCUAUAGGUCGUUCCAAGUGGAGAUGCGAGUGUGUAGCACUGAGGUUAGUGAAGACGGCCUUUUGCUGUUUGUUGCAAAUUUUGAUGAUUAUUCAAUAAGAGUUAUUGACUUGCAGAGAAGUAAAGAGAUUGAUGUGCUGAAAGGGCAUGAAGGGCCUGUGACAAGAAUGGUAUGGAGCAGAAGCUCGUUGUACUCUGUGUCGUACGACAAUGUUGUGAAGAAAUGGGACGUGUAUAACCAAGUAGUUUUAGAUCUUGAUGUUGAAAAGACAAUUACUGGGCUGUGUGUAAGAGACGGAAAGAUGUGUGUGUGUACAGUUGGUGAGAUAACAAUAUAUGACGAGCAGUUUGAUUAUGAAAGGUCAGUUAAGAUAUCACUGAAGGCACGCAAGAGAAACGAAGUUUUUAUCAGUGAAAAGCCGGUGGAAUGUGCAGAGUUCUCGUUGGAUAACAGAUUUUUGAUAUGCGGAGGAGAGUCAAACACGAUGAAGAUUGUGGCUGUGGACACAGGAGAUGUUGUCCAAGAGAUGCGUGUUUCGCAGAAUAGGGAAUGGGAAAACUAUAAAGAAAUGCUUGGUAAAGAGGCAGAUACGCCGUUUGAUAAGACAAAGAUUAUUGAAGUUCUGAAGAUAAUACACAGCGAGAGCCAAAGGAUGUUUUAUGUUCUGACACGAGAUGGGAUCAAUGUAUAUGAAGUGUCGUCCGUGAAGUUUAUUCCGAUCAGAAUGGACAUCUCACUGACGCCAGAGUCAAUACGCUUGUAUGUUGAGAACGAAGAGUAUCUGAAGGCCAUGAUUGGAUCAUUGAGGCUGAAUCAGCACGAGAUCAUACAAGAGGUCGUGCUCUCUUGCCCGAUUGGGAGAGCAGAAGGAGUUGUAAAGCAUCUAGAAGAGUCAUUGGCCGGUGUACUGAGAGAAGUGGUUUCAAAGAUGAUUGAGAGCUCGAUGGAUUGCCUAGUGGCAGUCAAGUGGUUAGGCCUAGUUGUACUAUAUUUUGGAUCGAAUGGCAUUAAAAGGUCUGAGCUCGAUAAGCUUCGAAGGAAUACCAGCAUGAUUCUAAAAACGGGAAGGCUGAAUAGAGCAAUGCUGGAGAACAUUGCAAGAAAAUGA